AUUAGAAACCUGUCAUGGAACACCGAUGAUGAAAGUCUGCGCUCUCAUUUCAGCAACUAUGGCAACAUCGUCAUGCGUGAUCGAGACACUGGCCGCUCUCGAGGCUUUGGAUUUGUGACCUAUAGCAAUUCCAAUGAGGCUGAGAGUGCAAUCGGCGCUAUGAACGAACAAGAAAUUGAUGGGAAACAUGUCAAGGUCAACCUGGCUAAUGCGCGUAGUGCUGGAGGCGGCGGUGGUGGCUAUGCAGGAGGUCAAGGCGGUUAUGGUGGAGGAUACGGCAGUGGUUAUACUCAAGGAGGAUAUAGUGGAGGCUAUUAA